GAAAUGCUGCCAGCUCCCAACACACUGUAUGAGUUAUGCAGAGGACAGACACUCCCGGUAGGAGGUUGCCAUCAGCGCUGCUGCGACCUAUCGGUGAUCAUCUGCUCAGUCCUUCCAGGAAGUCUAAUCAACCGCGGCGGCAGGAUCUUAAAUCGGAUGAAGGGAGCUGUUCUUCAGGCAGAAUGACUUUCAACCGGUUACUAUCCAGCGCUGCUCUCGUCAGCAGAGUUGGAUCCAGGUCUGUGUUCACGAGCUCCAAGCCUGACACUGCCAACCCCAACUGGGUCCGAGUAGGUCUGGCCUUUGGAUCAGCUGCUUUCCUCUGGGGCCUGCUCUUCAAGCAGCACAGUGCAGAUGUACAUGAGUGCAAAGUGAGGAAUGGCCUAGAAUAACCCACCAGUGGAGGUGGUCGAGCCCCGUCCCACAGAUGCACCUGUUUGUGCGUGUGUUUCUAUUUCCACUGUUCCUGAUUCCCCCUGUGUAAAAUAAACAUGUAUCAUGUGAAAUAAAACACAAGUCUUGAUAA